CCUCCAUCCACUUUGCCUAUAAAUGGAGCCUUAUGGCCUAGGCUCUCACUUCGUUUAGUAAGAGGACUACUCCUCCAAAGUAGAGAGCCAAUCGAUCCCUCGUUUUCGCAGCAAUCAGAAAAACAAUUAAACCCAAAAAAAAUCGGAUAAAAAAAAGAAACCAGAAAACUAAUUGAUCGACAAACACCGCGAGCUGAGUAAGUACCAGUGACAGUGAGAAUUUGACUCAGAAAAAAACCCUAGGGUUUGUCGUCGUCGUCGCCAUGGAUAUCCGGUUUCCCUUCUCGCCAGCGGAGGUGGCGAAGGUGAAAUGCGUGCAGUUCGGAAUUCUCAGCCCUGACGAAAUCAGGCAAAUGUCUGUGGUGGAGAUUGAGCACAGUGAGACUAUGUUGGGAGGCAAGCCGAAGACCGCUGGUUUGAGUGAUCCUCGGCUCGGUACAAUUGACCGGAAGUUGAAAUGUGAGACUUGUACAGCCAACAUGGCUGAGUGCCCCGGCCAUUUUGGGCACCUAGAGCUUGCGAAACCAAUGUUUCACAUCGGUUUCAUAAAGACUGUGUUAUCUGUAAUGCGAUGCGUUUGCUUCAAUUGCUCGAAAAUUCUAGUCGAUGAGGACGACCACAAGUUUAAGCAAGCUAUGAGAAUAAAAAAUCCGAAAAACAGGCUGAAAAAGAUUUUGGAUGCCUGCAAAAACAAAUCCAAAUGUGAAGGUGGUGAUGAAAUUGAUGUCCAGGGCCAAGAUACUGAAGAGCCUGUAAAGAAAAGUCGGGGUGGCUGUGGUGCUCAGCAGCCCAAGCUGUCUAUUGAGGGUAUGAAAAUGAAUGCAGAGUACAAAGCCCAAAGGAAGAAAAAUGAUGACCAGGAACAGCUUCCUGAACCUGUGGAAAGGAAACAGACCCUUACUGCGGAAAGGGUUCUUAGUGUUUUAAAGAGAAUAAGUGAUGAAGACUCCCAAAUAUUGGGGUUGAACCCAAAGUAUGCUCGGCCAGAUUGGAUGAUUCUACAAGUUCUGCCCAUUCCUCCACAACCUGUGAGACCCUCUGUAAUGAUGGACACCUCAUCCAGGAGUGAGGAUGAUUUGACGCAUCAACUGGCGAUGAUUAUUCGUCAUAAUGACAAUCUGAGGCGGCAGGAACGAAACGGUUCUCCUGCUCAUAUCAUUUCAGAGUUUGCACAACUUCUGCAAUUCCACAUUGCCACUUAUUUUGACAAUGAGUUGCCAGGACUACCAAGGGCUACGCAGAGAUCAGGGAGGCCUAUUAAAUCAAUUUGUAGUAGACUGAAGGCAAAGGAAGGGCGUAUAAGAGGCAACUUAAUGGGGAAACGUGUUGACUUUUCAGCACGAACAGUGAUUACUCCCGAUCCAAACAUAAACAUUGAUCAAUUAGGAGUGCCAUGGAGCAUUGCUUUGAAUCUCACAUACCCUGAGACUGUGACUCCAUAUAAUAUUGAAAGGUUGAAGGAGCUUGUUGAGUAUGGCCCCCAUCCUCCGCCUGGUAAAACUGGUGCGAAGUAUAUAAUAAGGGAUGAUGGGCAAAGGCUUGAUCUUCGUUAUUUGAAGAAAAGCAGUGAUCAUCAUUUGGAGCUUGGAUAUAAGGUGGAACGUCAUUUGAAUGAUGGAGACUUUAUCCUCUUCAAUCGACAACCUAGUCUCCAUAAAAUGUCUAUCAUGGGCCACAGAAUCAAGAUCAUGCCGUACUCAACAUUUCGAUUGAAUUUGUCUGUGACGUCGCCGUAUAAUGCUGACUUUGACGGGGAUGAAAUGAACAUGCAUGUGCCCCAGUCCUUUGAAACCAGGGCUGAAGUAUUGGAGCUCAUGAUGGUGCCAAAAUGCAUCGUCUCACCUCAGUCAAAUCGACCUGUCAUGGGAAUUGUGCAGGACACACUUUUAGGUUGUCGUAAGAUCACUAAGAGGGACACCUUCAUAGAGAAGGAUGUUUUCAUGAAUAUCUUGAUGUGGUGGGAGGAUUUUGAUGGAAAAGUUCCUGCUCCUGCAAUUUUGAAGCCCCGGCCACUUUGGACUGGAAAACAGGUGUUCAAUCUUAUAAUACCAAAACAAAUAAAUCUCCAAAGAACUUCUGCAUGGCACUCGGAAUCAGAGAGUGGGAACAUAACUCCAGGGGAUACUCUUGUUAGAAUAGAAAAGGGUGAAUUGCUUUCUGGAACUCUCUGCAAGAAGGCCCUUGGGACUUCUACAGGAAGUCUUAUUCAUGUUAUAUGGGAAGAGGUUGGUCCAGAUGCAGCUCGCAAGUUUCUGGGUCAUACCCAAUGGCUUGUGAAUUACUGGCUGCUGCAGAAUGCUUUUAGCAUUGGAAUUGGAGAUACGAUUGCUGAUGCAGCCACAAUGGAGAAAAUCAAUGAAACAAUUUCCAAGGCGAAAAAUGAGGUGAAAGAUCUUAUAAGUAAAGCCCAAUCUAAGCAGCUGGAGGCUGAACCUGGACGAACCAUGAUGGAUUCGUUUGAAAACAAAGUGAACCAGGUGUUGAAUAGGGCUCGUGAUGAUGCUGGAAGUAGUGCUCAAAAGAGUUUAGAUGAGAGCAACAAUCUUAAGGCCAUGGUUACAGCAGGGUCCAAAGGGAGUUUUAUCAACAUAUCACAGAUGACUGCUUGUGUGGGACAGCAGAACGUUGAGGGUAAGCGAAUCCCGUACGGGUUCAUAGACCGGACGUUGCCCCACUUUACUAAAGAUGAUUAUGGACCAGAAAGUCGUGGAUUUGUAGAGAAUUCAUACCUGCGUGGACUAACUCCACAGGAGUUCUUUUUUCAUGCUAUGGGUGGUAGGGAAGGUCUUAUAGAUACUGCUGUUAAGACAUCUGAGACUGGGUACAUCCAAAGGAGACUGGUGAAGGCUAUGGAGGAUAUUAUGGUGAAAUAUGAUGGCACAGUACGUAAUUCUUUGGGUGAUGUCAUUCAGUUUCUAUAUGGGGAAGAUGGGAUGGAUGCUGUUUGGAUAGAAUCACAAAAGCUGGAUUCUUUGAAAAUGAAGAAAACAGAAUUUGAUAAGACUUUUACUUAUGAGUUGGAUGAUGAAUAUUGGAAUCCCGACUACAUGUUGCACGAACAUGUUGAGGAUCUCAAAACGAUUAGAGAGUUCCGUAAUGUCUUUGAUGCAGAAGUUCAGAAACUUGAAACAGAUAGAUUACAACUUGGAACAGAGAUUGCAGUCACAGGUGAUAAUUCUUGGCCACUGCCUGUUAACUUGAAGAGGCUUAUUUGGAAUGCACAAAAAACCUUUAAGAUUGACUUCCGAAGGACUUCUGAUAUGCACCCGAUGGAAAUUGUGGAAGCUAUUGAUAAGCUGCAGGAGAGACUGAAAGUUGUUCCUGGUGAUGACUUGUUGAGUGUCGAAGCGCAGAAGAAUGCAACAUUGUUUUUCAACAUUUUACUUCGCAGCACUUUCGCAAGCAAACGGGUGUUGGAUGAGUACAGGCUUACUCGUGAAGCAUUUGAGUGGGUUAUUGGGGAGAUAGAAUCACGCUUCCUGCAAUCGCUUGUAGCACCUGGGGAAAUGAUUGGCUGUGUUGCUGCACAGUCUAUUGGAGAACCUGCCACUCAGAUGACACUGAAUACUUUCCACUACGCAGGUGUGAGUGCAAAGAAUGUUACCCUAGGUGUCCCCAGGUUGAGGGAAAUUAUUAAUGUAGCCAAGAGAAUCAAAACGCCGUCCCUGUCUGUCUACUUAAAGCCUGAAGCUAAUAAAACGAAGGAGAGGGCGAAGAAUGUGCAGUGUGCUUUGGAAUACACCACUUUGCGAAGUGUAACUCAAGCUACAGAAGUAUGGUACGAUCCAGAACCCACAAGCACAAUAAUUGAUGAGGAUAUUGAUUUUGUGAGAGCUUACUAUGAAAUGCCAGAUGAAGAAGUUAAUCCUGAUAAAAUUUCACCUUGGUUGCUUCGCAUCGAGUUGAAUCGCGAAAUGAUGGUGGAUAAGAAGUUGAGCAUGGCUGACAUUGCUGAGAAGAUUAACCUUGAAUUUGAUGAUGAUUUAACUUGUAUCUUCAAUGAUGACAAUGCAGAAAAAUUGAUCCUUCGUAUCCGUAUCAUGAAUGCUGAAGCUCCAAAAGGGGAGAUGGUUGAUGAAUCUGCUGAAGAUGAUGUUUUUCUGAAGAAGAUUGAGAGUAACAUGCUGACAGAGAUGGCUCUUCGUGGUAUCCCAGAUAUUAACAAGGUGUUCAUUAAACAUGGUAAAGUUAACAAGUUCGAUCCAAAUGAAGGGUUUAAAGCGGAGCAAGAGUGGAUGCUGGAUACGGAAGGGGUUAAUCUCUUGGCUGUUCUGUGCCAUGAUGAUGUUGAUGCUAGGCGCACAACUAGUAAUCAUUUGAUUGAAAUUCUUGAAAUUCUCGGAAUUGAGGCAGUUCGUCGGUCAUUGUUGGAUGAGUUGAGGGUUGUUAUAUCGUUUGAUGGGUCCUAUGUUAAUUAUAGGCAUCUCGCUAUCCUUUGUGACACAAUGACGUACCGUGGGCACUUAAUGGCAAUAACCCGUCAUGGCAUUAAUAGAAAUGACACUGGUCCUAUGAUGAGGUGCUCCUUUGAAGAGACUGUUGAUAUUCUUCUUGAUGCUGCAGUGUUCGCAGAGACGGAUUAUUUAAGAGGCGUGACAGAAAAUAUAAUGUUAGGGCAACUUGCACCAAUUGGGACGGGAGAUUGUGCCCUGUAUCUCAAUGAUGAGAUGCUGAAGAACGCCAUCGAACUCCAGCUGCCCAGUUACAUGGAUGGUCUUGAUUUUGGUAUGACACCGUCUCGUUCUCCAGUGUCAGGAACACCAUAUCACGAGGGCAUGAUGUCCCCUAAUUAUUUGCUGAGCCCAAAUCUUCGGCUGUCACCAAUUUCGGAUGCUCAGUUUUCUCCUUAUGUUGGAGGAAUGGCAUUCUCUCCUACUUCCUCUCCAGGCUACAGCCCAUCAUCCCCUGGAUACAGCCCUUCCUCCCCUGGAUACAGCCCCACUUCUCCUGGCUACAGUCCCACCUCUCCAGGGUAUAGCCCCACUUCUCCUGGGUACAGUCCCACCUCUCCGACAUAUAGUCCUAGUUCUCCCGGCUAUAGUCCCACCAGUCCAGCUUACUCUCCUACAAGUCCAUCAUACUCGCCAACCUCUCCCAGCUACAGCCCCACCUCUCCAAGCUACAGCCCCACCUCACCAAGCUACAGCCCUACUUCCCCUGCUUACAGCCCCACUUCCCCUGCUUACAGCCCCACUUCCCCCGCAUAUAGCCCUACUUCGCCAUCUUACAGUCCCACGUCUCCUUCCUACAGCCCAACUUCGCCAUCCUACAGCCCAACUUCACCUUCCUACAGCCCAACUUCUCCUUCCUACAGUCCCACAUCUCCAUCCUACAGCCCUACCUCGCCAGCCUACAGCCCAACUUCUCCUGGUUACAGCCCAACCUCGCCUAGUUAUAGUCCAACCUCGCCCAGUUACAGCCCUACAUCUCCAAGCUAUAAUCCUCAGUCUGCCAAGUACAGUCCAUCAUCAGCCUACUCUCCAAGCAGUCCAAGAUUGUCACCAUCUAGUCCAUACAGUCCUUCCUCUCCGAACUACAGCCCAACCUCACCAUCAUAUUCCCCUACAUCUCCAUCUUACUCUCCCGCAAGCCCCACAUACAGUCCCGGCAGCCCAUUGACUUCUGGAGUGAGCCUAGACUAUAGCUCGAGUUCCCCUCAGUAUAGUCCAAGUGCUGGAUACUCACCCAGUCAACCUGGUUACUCGCCAUCAUCUGCUAGCCAGUAGAUGAUGUGGAGCUCUCCUGUUACCAUCGGAAAACAUGGACUAAUUGGAACUGAGAAGCCGUGUUCAAGUUGGCCGCUUCGCUGGGGGAUGUAAGCUUGCCGUACAUAUUACAAUCCCGUUAGUAGUCGAGGAUAUGCCCAGGACUAGUUUUUACUAUUAAUCAGUUCAGAUAUCCAGGGAGGAAUGUGUAACUGUGUUUUCAGUGCCCUAGAACUUGGCAUCAGUAGAAUAUUUUCCUCUCGCGAUGUGUUGUAAGUGUCGAAAGUUUACGUUCUAGUCGGAUAGCUUCCUCUCUUCAUCAGUGUGAGGAUGACGAGUCUAUUGAGAAGUCUGGUUUUGAACUUAUAACCAAUUUGUAGAUUUAUAAAAUUGCCUACGUCGCUAUCAUGUACUGUUUUGAACUUAUAAUCAAGUUCAACCCUUCUCGUUAA